UAACAUUUGUAAUAUAGUUUACAGUUAUAAAUAACAACACAUCAUCUUUAUAUUUUGCCUUACCAAGUCCAAAAACAAAAGCUAUCAUUUCUAUGUCAAAAAUGGUUGAUUCAACCAUCAAAAUUCUCACCUUAAUCUCCUUUCUUGUCCUCAUUUCUCAAGGCUAUAGCCAAUGUUCAUUGAGUAAUCUCUUCAUAUACCAACAUCCAACAGGAGAUCAGUUGAAGCAAUUUCCAGAAUAUCAUGUUGAUAUCAUCAACAAUUGUCCUAAUUGUGUUCAAAAGAAUGUGAAGAUAAAUUGCCCUAAUUUUGAAACAGUUGAAUAUGUAGAUCCUUCAAUUUUUAAUGUCACAGACAAUGUUUGUCUUGUUAAUGGUGGUAAACCUCUUCUAACAAAUGUUAAUGUCACCUUUAAUUAUGCUUGGAGUAAUUCAUUUAGAUUAACUCCAAACUCCUCAGUGAUUAGUUGUUAAUGGAUAAACUUCAUGGUUUGGACACAAUUGUAAGAGUUAAUACCAACUCUGGUAUUGACAUUCAAUAGUAAUAUUGGUAUUUUUGUCAAUUUAA